CUGGAGGAGCUGAAGAUGUCCGGCUCCAUCGCCUCGUACGACCAGCUGGUGCGGCAGGUGGAGGCGCUGCGCAAGGAGAACACCCACCUGCGGCGGGAGCUGGAGGACAACUCCCACCACCUCUCCAAGCUGGAGAAUGAGACCUCGGACAUGAAGGAGGUCCUGAAGCACCUGCAGGGGAAGCUGGAGCAGGAGGCGCGGGUGAUGGUGUCCUCGGGGCAGACGGAGGUGCUGGAGCAGCUGAAAGCCCUGCAGCUGGACAUCAGCAGCCUCUACAACCUCAAGUUCCCCGAGGCGGCGGGGGCCGGGGAGGACAGCCCGCGGCACGCGGCGCCCUGCAGGGACAGCGUCGGGGACCUCGGCCGGGCCACCCUGCGGCUGCUGGAGGAGCUCGACCGGGAGAGAUGUUUUUUGCUGGGCGAGAUCGAGAAGGAGGAGAAGGAGAAGGUGUGGUACUACGCCCAGCUGCAGAGCCUCUCCAAGCGCCUGGACGAGCUGCCCCACGUGGAGACGUUCUCCAUGCAGAUGGACCUCAUCCGGCAGCAGCUGGAGUUCGAGGCCCAGCACAUCCGCGCGCUGAUGGAGGAGCGCUUCGGGACGGCCGAUGAGAUGGUGCAGCGGGCUCAGAUCCGCGCCUCCCGGCUGGAGCAGAUCGACAAGGAGCUCAUGGAGGCGCAGGACAAGGUGCAGCAGCCGGAGCCGCAGCUCUGUGGGAAGCUGCCGGGCACGGAGGGGGACAGCACCAUGGAGAUCCCGACCCACCCCGAGGACGGGGGCAGCAGCAAGGUGGAGGUGGUCUUCUGGCUCCUGUCCAUGCUGGCCACGCGGGACAAGGACGACAUGUCCCGCACGCUGCUGGCCAUGUCCAGCUCGCAGGAGAGCUGCCUGGCCAUGCGCAAAUCGGGCUGCCUGCCCCUGCUCAUCCAGAUCCUGCACGACACCGACCGCGAGCCGGGCCCCCCCGAGAGCCCCGCCGGCGCCAAGGACGCCCGCAUGCGCGCCAACGCCGCCCUGCACAACAUCGUCUUCUCGCAGCCCGACGAGGGGCAGGCCAAGAAGGAGAUGCGGGUGCUGCACGUGCUGGAGCAGAUCCGCUCCUACUCGGAGACCUGCUGGGACUGGCUGCAGAUGCAGAGCAGGGACGGGGGCAAGGGGCCGGAGGGCAGCGCGGCGCCGGUGCCCAUCGAGCCCCAGAUCUGCCAGGCCACCUGUGCCAUCAUGAAGCUGUCCUUCGACGAGGAGUACCGGCGGGCCAUGAACGAGCUGGGCGGGCUGCAGGCGGUGGCCGAGCUGCUGCAGGUGGACUACGAGAUGCACAAGAUGACGAGCGACCCCCUGAACCUGGCGCUGCGGCGCUACGCGGGCAUGGCGCUCACCAACCUCACCUUCGGGGACGUGGUCAACAAGGCAACGCUCUGCGCCCGCCGGGGCUGCAUGGAGGCCAUCGUGGCCCAGCUGGCCUCCGACAGCGAGGAGCUGCACCAGGUGGUCUCGAGCAUCCUGAGGAACCUCUCCUGGAGGGCCGACAUCAACAGCAAGAAGGUGCUGCGGGAGGUGGGCAGCGUGGCGGGGCUGACGCAGUGCGCGCUGCACGCGGCCAAGGAGUCCACGCUGAAGAGCGUCCUGAGCGCGCUCUGGAACCUGUCGGCGCACAGCACGGAGAACAAAGCCGCCAUCUGCGGGGUGGAGGGCGCCCUGGGCUUCCUGGUGAGCACCCUCACCUACAAGUGCCAGAGCAACUCCCUGGCCAUCAUCGAGAGCGGCGGCGGCAUCCUCCGCAACGUCUCCAGCCUCAUCGCCACGCGGGAGGACUACAGGCAGGUGCUCCGGGACCACAACUGCCUGCAGACGCUGCUGCAGCACCUGCGCUCGCACAGCCUCACCAUCGUCAGCAACGCCUGCGGCACGCUCUGGAACCUGUCCGCCCGCAGCCCCCGUGACCAGGAGCUGCUGUGGGACCUGGGGGCGGUCAGCAUGCUGCGCAACCUCAUCCACUCCAAGCACAAGAUGAUCGCCAUGGGCAGCGCGGCCGCCCUCCGCAACCUGCUCACCAACCGGCCCCCCAAGUACAAGGACGCCGCCGUCGUCUCACCAGGCUCCUGCAUGCCGUCCCUCUACAUGCGCAAGCAGAAGGCCCUGGAGGCCGAGCUGGAUGCCAAGCACCUGGCCGAGACCUUCGACACCAUGGAGAAGCAGAGCCUGAAGAGCCAGAAUGCGAAGAAGCCGAUGCGGCACAUGGAGAGCCUGGUGAAGGACUACGCCUCCGAUUCCGGCUGCUUUGACGAUGAUGAGGUGCCCAACAUCUCCACCGGCGUGGAGACAGCCAGCGCCUCCGUGCUCUCCAUGUUCCUGGGCUCCUCCUUCCUCCAAGGGCAGGCGCUGCCCCGGGCUUUGGCGCAGAGGCGCUGCCCAGAGCCGGAGAAGGACGACAGCGGCAAGCCGGCCGAGCCCAAGAAGCUGCCGCUGCCGGAGGACGACGUCUCGCUGGCCGCCGAGAAGCUGGCCAACAAGAUCUCCAGCACGGUGGCCAAGAUCGACAAGCUGGUGGAAGACAUCUCCACCAUGCACACGUCGUCGGACGACAGCUUCAGCCUCAGCUCCGAGGACCACUGCCUGGACUGGCAGUACGGCCCCGAGGAGGCGCAGGAGGCGCGGGCCCAAUCCUGCUCGCCCUGCCGCCUCUCCGACACCAGCGGCUUCGCCAAGCGCGAGAGCCUGAGCCGGGCGCGCGCGCUGCUGCGGCUGAAGACGGCGUACACCAGCCUGUCCAACGACAGCCUCAACAGCGGCAGCACCAGCGACGGCUACUGCACCAAGGAGCACAUGAAGCCCUGCACCAGGGCGUCCUUCCUCGACUACCGGGACGAGCUGCAGCGCUACCAGAAGCGGCCCAGCAGGCUCGACCUCAAGAGCAUCCUGGGCGGCAAGCCCGAGCCCCCUGCGCUCAAGGCUGAGCCGGAUAAGCCCGAGCAGAGGGAGCUGCCCGAACGGGGCAAGAAGACGGUGACUUUCCCCAGCCCCAAGGCUCUGGACAGGGAGCCGGAGAGGAAGAAGGAAGCAGGCAGCAAGCUCUCCCCCGACCCGCAGGUCCACACCAUCAAGCUCUCGCCCUCGUACCAGCACGUGCCCCUGCUCGAGAGCCUGGCCAAGAGCAGCUCGGCUGCUGGCCACCACUCCUCGCUCCUGGGCCGAAAGCAAGCCUGGCUGCCCCCCGCACUCCUGCAGACAGCCGAGACUCUCAGCAAGAUCCCCGAGAAGCUGUCGGCCCAGCCACCGGCCGCGGCGGAGCAGGAGUCGGUGCAGAAGUACUCGGUGGAGGACACCCCCAUCUGCUUCUCCCGCUGCAGCUCCCUCUCCUCCCUCUCCUCGGCCGACAACGUGCUGGACGGGCAGAGCCACAGCGAGAAUGACCUCGACAGCGACUCCUCGCUGGAGAUCCUGGAGAUGGAGGAUGGGGACGGGGAAGCUGAGGAUGAGAGGCAGGAGAAGGAGAAGGCAGAUCUGGGUCCGGCCGCGGCAGUGGGGAUGUCCCAGCCCAUCACCAUCCCCUUCCCGAAAAGAGACAAGGUCUUCCUGCGGGAGUCGUCCCCCUCGCGCCAGGAGGACCACACGCCCUCCAGCUCCUCGGAGAACUACAUCCAGGAGACGCCGCUGGUCAUGAGCCGCUGCAGCUCCGUCAGCUCCCUGGGCAGCUUCGAGAGCCCGUCCAUCGCCAGCUCCAUCCAGAGCGACCCCUGCAGCGAGAUGAUCAGUGGCACCAUCAGUCCCAGCGAGCUGCCCGACAGCCCCGGGCAGACCAUGCCGCCCAGCCGCAGCAAGACGCCGCUCUUCGAGCUGGGCUGCCAGCCGGAGAAAGAGACCAGCCAGUUCAACAUCCAGUGGGAGAACAACGUCAAGAAAUUCAUGGAGAUCACCGACUUCAAGGAGCGCUUCCAGCUGCCCCAGGACCUGGACUCCAUGGUCUAUUUCACAGUGGAGAAACCCAACGAGAACUUCUCCUGCGCCUCCAGCCUGAGCGCCCUGCCCCUCCACGAGCACUACGUGCAGAAGGACGUGGAGCUCAAGCUGAUGCCCACCUUCCCGGAGAAGAACAGCCUGAACUUCGUGGCGCACGAGAAGCGGGAGGAGCGGCGGGAGGAGCGCUACCUAGAGGGCAGGCGGCGGGCCGAGCGCCCCGAGCCCGCUUCCGACGACGACAUCGAGAUCCUGAAGGAGUGCAUCAACUCCGCCAUGCCCUCCCGCUUCCGCAAGGUGAAGACCUCCCUGCUCUCCGGCCAGGUCCUGCACCCGCAGACCAAGAAGCCCGUCCACGUCCCCGUCUACAUGCUGGUGCCCGCCCCCACGCACCCGGCUGUCCCCAAACAUCUGCGUGCCUCCACCCGGGACCUCUACAAGGACGACGACUCCUUCACCGACUCGGCAGAAGGGACCCCCGUCAACUUCUCCAGCGCCGCCUCGCUGAGCGACGAGACCCUGCGCUGCCCCAAGGAGGAGGCUGAGCCUCCCCAGGGCACGGGGAGGAGGCGAGAGGCAGGGGCCGUGGCCUCGCCAGCCCGCAGAUCCACCUCGGGCAGCUCGGCGCCCACCCGGGCGAGCUCAGCCUGCAAGGGCAGAGCGGGCUCAAGCAGGACCAGCCCCAUGCAGCCAAGCAGAGGCCAAGGUGUGGAGGGAAAGCGGGGCCAGCCUCCACCCAGGACGGAGCUGGAGGUGGAGAGGAGCAGCAACCCCAGUGCCCGGCCCCGCAGCCUGCCCGGGAGGAAGGAUGCGCCACGGGAGGACGGGGACCGUGGCGGGGUGGCCUUCCAGUCGCUGUGCCACACCACGCCGACAGAGGAGGCCGUCUACUGCUUCUAUGAGCACGACUCAGACGAGCCCGAGGCAGGCAGGGAGGUGCCUGGCAGCAGAACCCAGCCCAGCCGGGCACCCCGCAGGGAGCGCUGCGGCAGCUCCGUGCCCAGAAAGGAGCCCGAGCCCGGCGCCCGGCUGGCCAAGGCGAAGGCCAAGCUGCAGAACAACCUGAUCGCUGAUGAGACGCCGCCGUGCUACUCGCUCAGCUCCUCCAUGAGCUCCCUGAGCGACGCCAACCCCUCCGAAGGCGAGGAACAAGGCCAGCCCUGCGGCACGGCCCCCCGGCAGCGCCCCGCAAUGGCAGCGGGCAGGGUGCGGGGCAGCUCCCCCAGCCUCAACUCGGAGGAUGACCUGCUGCAGAAGUGCAUCGGCUCGGCCAUGCCGAAGCGCCGGCGGCCCUCGGCGCGCCGGAGGACGGCGGAGCGCAAGCUGAAGCUGAAGGGCAGCAGCGGGAGGGAGCGCAAGGCAGAGGCCAGGCAUCGCCCCGAGGAUGGGGGCUCGGAUGGGGGCUCGGACCUGGACAGCGUGGAGUGGGAGGCCAUCCAGGAGGGCGCCAACUCCAUCGUCACCUGGCUGCACCAGGCUGCGGCGUCGCUGUCGCGGGAGCCAUCCUCGGAGUCUGACUCCAUCCUCUCCUUUGUCUCAGGGCUCUCGGUCGGGUCCACGCUGCAGCUCUCUCUGGACAGGACGGAGAAGAAACGGGCCGGGAGUGCGGCCGGACGAGAGGCGGAGAGGAGGGAGCACGCCAAGAGCUGCGCGGAGGGGAAGAAGGCUCCGGGCACACGUCCCGUGGGCAGCGGCAGUGCCAGGGUGGAGAGGCGCUCGGCCCCGACUAAGCCUGUGCCCAACCUGCCCGUGGUCUUCCGCGGCAGGACCGUGAUCUACAUGCCCAGCCUGGCCAAGGACGCCCCCAGCCCACGUGCCACCCCGAAAAAAGCCCCCACGGCCAAGCCCCAGGUGCCGGCAGCCAAGAACCUGACCCUGAGCCAGCAGCGCUCGCGCAGCCUGCACCGGCUGGGGAAGCCGCCCGAAACGGGGGACUUGGCGCUGCCCAAGCGCAGCACCACGCCGCCCGCCCGCAUCGGCAAGGGGCCGCCCUCCUCGGGUUCAUCCCGCACCUCCACCCCUUCACAGCACGCCCCCAAGAAGCUGCCGUCGCCCUCCCAGCUCGCCAAGCAGGGCCCCGCGCUGGCGGGCAAGGCAGGUGGCUCGCCCUCCCCGCCCGGCCCCCCCAGCAAAGCCCCGGCCCCCAAAUCCGCAGUCCCCAAGCAGCACAAGACACAGAAGUCGCCCGUCCGCAUCCCCUUCAUGCAGAAGCCCAGCAAGAAGGUGCUGCCGAGCCGCGCGGCCAUGCCGGUGCUGGAGGAGCAGGAGGGCAGCAGCAAGGCCAAGGGCGGGGGUCCGGGGGGGCCGGGGAGUGGCCGGCUCAACCUGGUGCGGAUGUCGUCCACCCGCUCCAGCGGCAGCGACUCGGACCGCUCCGGCUUCCUGCGGCAGCUCACCUUCAUCAAGGAGUCCUCCAGCCUGCUGCUGCGGCACCGCGCCGAGCUCUCCCCGGCCGCCUCGGUGGCCUCGCUGGCCCGUGGCGUGUCCCCGCAGCGCAGCCGGGCCGCCCUCCCCGCCGUCUUCCUCUGCUCGUCCCGCUGCGAGGAGCUGAAGGCGGCCAAGCCGGCGGCACCCGGACCGCGGCCGCAGGUCCCCAGGGCGCAGCCCGGCUGCAAAGCCCCCCCAGGGCCCAAGCCCCCGCGCAGGACCAGCUCCGAGAGCCCGUCGCGGCUGCCGGUGAAGACGGGCGUCCCCGAGCCCUUCAAGAGGUACUCGUCCUCGCCCAACAUCAGCGUGGCGCGCAGGACCGGCAGCCCGUCCUCCGUCCUCUCCGCUUGCUCCGAGGCCUCGGCGCGGCGGCGGAAGCCCGGCGAGGUGCCCGGGGGGGCGGCAGAGAAGCCGCCAAUGAUGAUGAUGAAGGGCACCUGGCGCCGCAUCCGGGACGAGGACAUCCCGCACAUCCUCAAGAGCACGCUGCCGUCCUCCGCCCUGCCGCUGGUGAGCGCCGCGGAGGAGCAGCGCCCCGGGCCCAGGAAGACCAGCGACGCCGUGGUGCAGACCGAGGACUUCUCCACCACCAAGACCAACUCCAGCACCUCGCCCACGCUGGAGAGCCGCGAGGGGCCCCAGCACGCCCGAGAUGGCGAAGCCCCGGCCCCCGCCAAGGCCACCGUGCCCAUCUCCUUUGGCCACGAGGCACCGGCCGGGACCUUCCCCGCCAGCCGGCACGGUUCCCCGAGCCGCGCCGCCCGCGUCACCCCCUUCAACUACGUCCCCAGCCCCAUGGUGGUGACGGCGGUGGCCGACAAGGCGGUGGAGAAGAUCCAGGCGUAG